UUGCGUUCUUUUGCCAUAUUACGUUGUUUAGGGGAUUGGCGGCGAAGUAUCUCCGUCUCUCAGUUAAAAGAUGACGUUUUAGAGCCACCCUGCCAUGAUAAAUUAUCGUUCCUUGGCGAGACAGCAUUUUUCAGCCCGGAAAAAAAUGCAUAUAGUUCUGAACCAGAGAGAAAGCUGCUGUUCUCCGUGAAGAUUGAAUCAACUCGUAUCUUGUUCCUUUUCCUCUCGGAUAGAAAGGUUAACCCUAAAUAAAAAUUUAAGGUCGUUAAUGGGCGGUGAAAGUCCGCUUCACAUUUUGAACAGAUUAUCAAAAGUGAUCAAUUACGACAGUGUUUUAAACGACCAGUUCUCAGAAUGCCUGAACCGACAAACGGGUCUGUACAUCAAAAGUUAUAUCAAAUCGUCGCUCAGUUCAAGCAAUUGCAAAGGAAUUUUGUAUCAUAUUAUUGCCCGGUCAAUUUUACCAAGUUUAAACGGUGGAAUCGCUAAACAAGUGUAUUUGUUUCAAUUCGGAGGACCUUUUCAAGUUUUGAAAUUAGUCUCGUUUGCUGAAGCUCUUAUUCGUAACCAGAAACAAGGCGAGCUAUUCACCAAUGAUGAGGUCGAAAGUUUAAUAAAAGAAUCACUGAAGCAAUUAAUUAUUGUUGAUUGUGUCACGAUAGAAGAGAAAAUAGGAUAUUUGAAAUCUUUGACUCAGAAAAUAGCAAAUAUGAAAGUAGCCGAUGUUAAUCAUUUUGUCAUCUUGAACCAGUUUUCAAUUUUCCACGAAUAUGAAAUGGCAAAGCAUGUUUCUGGAGUGCAGGCGGUAUAUGAAGACCAUCAGAAAAAAGUGAGCAGUCUUUUGCAAGAACUUAAGACUUACCAAGUGCCUCUAAUCAUCGUCGACAGCUUCUACAUGGAUGAAGAGAAAAGUGGAAAGUGGACAAAUCAAUACUGCAGAGAGUUUUUCAACAACUUCUCGUUAAGCACACUAAAGGUAAUGCAGAUGUUCGAAAACAAUGGAAGUCCAGUCUUCAGUUUGGAAUACAGUAAAGCAAAAAGCCGAGGAAAAACUAAACGAAGUGACUCGAACUUGACAAUAAGUCAAGAUGUAAUAAAGAAAAGAGCAAAAAUCCAGAGCGACUUGCUUGUUUUUGAUCCAAAUUGAAGCAUCGUAAUUUUAUUUGAGUUUUUGUCAUGAUGAUUAAUAAAUCAGCGUUAGCUAAUUGAAUGGUUUUCUUUUUCAAUGCAAAAACAGAUCUAGAAUUAAAUAAACGCUAACAGUGCCAACGACUUCGACAAAUUUUA